AUGUCGCAAACCGUGGGCAAGACUCGUCUUGCCUACUCUCGAACAUGGCAUUAUAUCGACAUUGGCAGUGAUACAAGGUCGCUGGGCCGAGUUGCAUCCUCGAUAGCGACAUUCUUGAUGGGCAAGCACAAACCGAUCUGGGAUCCUUCAACAGACUGCGGAGACUACGUGGUAGCAGUCGGGUGUCACGAUUUACAUGUUACCGGCAAGAAACGACAACAGAAACAAUACUACACACACAAUACACGACCCGGAAGUCUCAAGCAAAUGAGCAUGGAGCGGAUGAUUGAGAAAUGGGGCGGGGGAGAAGUUCUCAAGAAAGCUGUGAGAGGAAUGCUGCCCAAAAACCGGCUCAGAGACAAGCGGUUAGCCAGAUUAAAAGUUUUCGAAGGUACGGCGCAUCCCUACCGUCAGAACAUUGUCAGAUUUGCCGGGGCACCGCACAAAGGCAAAGUGAUGGAAGCGAUUGAAGCAUCGAAAACCGCUUCAAGUACUUCGUGA